CUGACGGGUCAGGAUAUCAUUUCCUCUUCAUAUAGAGAACAAAGAUAAUCCAGUUCUCUGGUUCCGGUCGCGCAGCAAAGGAAGUAAAUCAUCCACUGCUCCUUAGCUUGGUUCGUAAUGUCGGAAAGACAUGCAAAUUGCUUGCUUCAUCAUCGAAUCGAUCGGUCAAUAGGGGAAGAGACAGCAGCCAAAGCAGAAUUGAAUGCACCGCAGCUACCGACUAGCCAGUCAGUAGUCUACCCCUCAUGGACCAAAGGCUGGCUCGGGGCUAGCAGGAACUCGACCCGGAGACGAUGGAUGGAUGGAUGGUACUUUACCGUGUGCACACACGGACGCAGGCAGGCAGGCAGGCAGACAGACAGACAGACAGACAGACAGACAGACAGGCAGGCAGACAGUAUUUGACUUUCACUCUUACAGUAAGGGUUACUGACUGCUUUCCUGGUGGCUUAGGCCGC